CUUCACGAGAUCUAUACUAUUGAAAUGAUUGGAGAUCUCAAGCACACUCCCAGGUUUACACCAUGGCUUGUCUGUUACUCGAAGCGGGGUAGCCGGGAAAGUACUUGGCUAUAUAAAUUGGCACAUGUUCCCAGAAUAGAAGGGAACAUAUCUCUCCAAUUCUUCAGAGACUAAGAUGCGUAAUACUACCAGAUUGUAUCUGAUUUUUUUGAUUCAGGGCGUGACUGCCCAGCUCAACAGCACAGUUGCAGCGUCCAGUUUCGUUGGUGCCACAACAGCUAAUUCCUACCCACCGUCAGGCACAACUGUAAACCCUUCAAUAUUUCCAUCGGAACCCGUUGUUGGUUUUCCAGGCCCAACUCCAACUGGUGUAGAACCUGCUGUUAUCCAGACUGCCGCAAUUUACCCUUACAACAAUGGGCCUGCAAACCAAUUUCCACUAGUUGCGCCCCAACCCUAUGGGAAAGGAGAAUUUGCAGACAAGUUCGACAUUGCGAAAUAUUGGGGAAAUCUCUCACCAUGGUAUUCAGUAUCUUCGGCAGAUUAUGGUUUGCCGGAUGCUAGCCCAUUAGUUCCAGAAGGCUGUAAUAUCGUCCAGAUGCAUCUCCUUUAUCGUCAUGGAGCUAGAUAUCCAACUACUGGCGCUGCACCUUCCACUUUUGCCGAGAUGUUGCACAAUGCGACUCGCGAUGGAGGUUUCAAUGUCACUGGAGAUCUUGGUUUCCUGUCUGAUUGGUCGUAUAAACUUGGUGCAGAACUUCUCACUCCUUUUGGACGCAGUCAGCUCUUUAAUCUUGGCAUUGCCUAUCGCCAAUUAUAUGGUGAGCUUCUCAAUAACUUCACAGAAGCUGGAACCCUUCCCGUCUUUCGAACGGAGUCACAAGACCGUAUGGUCAAAACGGCCGAGAACUUUGCUGCGGGCUUCUUUGGUGUUCCUGAGUAUCAACAACAGGUCAAUAUUGAAAUUUUGGUCGAGAGUCCAGGCGUAAACAACUCUGGAGCCCCAUAUGAAGUUUGCCCGAAUUCCAAUGUCGCAAGUCGAGGCAGUAUCGGGUCUUCGGUGGCUACGGAAUUUGCCAAGAAUGCCUUCAAUUCGACCAUCGCCCGUCUACAAACACAGAUCUCUGGGGUGAACUUCACUGCUGCUGAUGCUGUUGCGAUGCUUCAACUGUGUUCAUAUGAGACCAAUGCUCUUGGAUACUCAAAGUUCUGUACUCUAUUCAGUGAAGAGGAUUUUCUGGCAUACGAGUACUAUUUUGACCUGAUUUUCUACUACAACAAUGGUCCAGGCUCUCCAGUUUCGGCAGCUCAAGGGAAAGGCUACCUCCAAGAAUGGGUUGCACGCCUCACGCACACCUUCCCAAGCCCAUCUUCAGCCCUUAAUGAAACCUUCGACAAUACUACCACGUUCUUUUCCCUCAAAAAUUCCAUCUACGCAGAUGCAACUCACGAAGUUGUGGUGCUAGACACAUUGACUGCAUUCAACCUUACCGCUCUGUUCAAGGGGCUGCCACUGGAUCCCAAAGGUAACCAGCACAACAAUGUUUUUGUGGCUUCGAAGCAAGUCCCAUUCGCAACGCAUUUCACCACUCAGGUACUUGAGUGUCCAGCUUAUACGCCUACCAGACAAAUACGCUUCAUCUUAAACGACGCUGUCAUUCCCAUUGCAGAAUCGUACUCAGGGUGCUCAGAGGAUCCAAAUGGUCUCUGCUCGCUUGACACGGUAAUCUCAAUACUACAAGACAGAAUUGCGGAAAUUGACUACGACUAUGACUGCUUCGGUAACUACACGGCGAGUGCUGGUAUCGACUACAAUGGGCGAGCACCGAGAUGAAUAAUCUGUGCCGAACUAGCUCGAAUAUGGGGAGACGAUUUGGAUGUGAGAUAUAUAUUUAAUCAAUAUGGAUGUCCUCGUACAGAAUUCACACUUCUGUUCCUCAAGUAUUCGCUGCCUUGCUAAUGCGUAGAAAACCUCUCAAAACUACUUGCAACCUAUUCCCUUUCAGUAUUACUACUUGUUUUUCACUUUCUAUGAGCUGGGUAUAGACGAUUUCAGAAAAUGAAGAAGUUUCAAAGAGAGGUUGCAAUACUUAGACUAUAACUUCC